AUGGAACCAGGGAAUGAUACACGGAUUUUGGAAUUUCUUCUUCUGGGAUUAUCAAAGCAACCAGAACUGCAGCUUCUCAUAUUUGGGCUUUUCCUCUGCAUGUACCUGAUCACUGUGUUUGGAAACUUGCUCAUCAUCUUGGCCGUCAGCUUAGAAUCCCACCUCCACACCCCCAUGUAUUUCUUCCUCUCCAACCUGUCCUUUGUAGACAUCUGUUUCAGCUCCACCACAAUCCCAAAGAUGCUGCACAACAUUCGUACACAGAAGCAAGGCAUAACCUACGAAGGCUGCAUUAUCCAGAUGUAUUUUUUUAUUAUGUUUGCAACGUUGGACGACUUCCUCCUGACCGUGAUGGCCUAUGACCGCUUUGUGGCCAUCUGUCACCCCUUGAACUACACAGUCAUCAUGAACUUCCGGCUCUGUGGACUGCUGGUUCUGGUGUCCUGGAUAAUGAGUGCCCUGAAUUCCUUGUUACAAAGCUUAAGGGUGUUGUGGCUGUCCUUCUGUACAGACUUGGAAAUCCCCCACUUUUUCUGUGAACUCAAUCAGGUGGUUCGACUUGCCUGUGGCAACACAUUUCUAAAUGACAUAGUGAUGUAUUUUGCAGCUGGGAUUUUGGGUGGUGUUUGCCUCACUGGGAUUCUUUACUCAUAUUCUAAGAUAGUUUCUGCCAUACGUGAAAUCUCAUCAUCUGAAGGGAAGUAUAAGGCAAUUUCCACCUGCGCAUCUCACCUCUCUGUUGUCUCCUUAUUUUAUUGCACUUUCUUAGGAGUGUACCUUAGCUCUGCUGCUAACCGUAGCUCACACUCAAGUGCAAUCGCCUCAGUGAUGUACACUGUGGUCACACCCAUGCUGAAUCCCUUCAUCUACAGUCUGAGGAACAAAGACAUAAAAAGGGCUCUGAAAAGUAUCAUUGGGGUGGCAGUUAUAUAA